AAAUGUUAUGUAAUAGAAAAAGUACUGCUCGAGUGAUGUAGAAGGGGCGUACAUUGGUAGCAGAUGGUUUUUAUGACAAGGCCCACUCGGCGAAACUGCGAAAAAUUCCAACUACCUGCUGAUGGGUAGCGCAAAAGAUAAACAAAUUUCAUCUUUUCAAAGACUUGACAGCAAUAAAGAGAGGAAUACCAUCUUAAAAUAAUUUCAUAAUGAUUCCGCAGAAUAUCGAACAAAAUCGGAGAUUCUACGGAAUUGAGACGGUAACUACCGUCUGAAUUCCGUAGAUCUAUUCAAAAUUCUGUAGGUGUGGCGGCGCACAGCGCCGAAGGAAGUAAACUUGGAAGUUCGACCUUAACGCUUAGUAUUUCAAUCAAUUCUGGGAUUCCCCUGCAUUAGAGAAUUCUCUUAGAACUAAAAUAAUUUCAAUAGCCGAAGCGCCUGAUAUCUGUUGCCGAACUUUUGAUAAACAGAAAAUAUGACAAAUAUUAAUUGUCAUUCAACUCUCUAAAUUAUGUUACAAUUAUCGAUUAUGUUACACUUUAUUGGUCAACUCUAUUUUUUCGAAAAAUUAUGUUACAAUCUGAUAAUUAUGUUACACUGGUUCAUGGGCUGUCCAAUUCAAAGGAACUCUCCUCUACUUGAAAUACUGCACUGCACCAUAAAAAUCUACCGAAAGUUUACCUCCCCUCCUACCGAAUUUUCGCUCGCCUAGGUCAUAGACAAUCUAGGCUUAGGUUCCCAUUCCCAAUAUUCCCAUCACUGAGUUUGCGUUAGAUUUAGAUUCUGUUCCUCCUUCAUCAUGCCUGACAGGGUGAUUGAAUUUCUUCGUGUAAUGCAGCAGCUGAUGUUUCAGAGUAACAGAAGGCGUUGGAGGGGUGGCAGGGGUAGAAGGGGGAGAGGAAGAGGAAGAGGGAGGGGAAGAGGAAGUAGAGGAGUACCUCCCCCAACUACUCUACAACAGACGCCAGCGCCGGCGCCUGCAGCGCCUGAACAGCAGUCGGAGGCGCCUGAAGAGCAGACGGAGGCGCCUGAAGAGCAGACGGAGGCGCCUGAAGAGCAGACGGAGGCGCCUGAAGAGCAGACGGAGGCGCCUGAAGAGCAGACGGAGGCGCCUGAAGAGCAGACGGAGGCGCCUGAAGAGCAGACGGAGGCGCCUGAAGAGCAGACGGAGGCGCCUGAAGAGCAGACGGAGGCGCCGCCUCAUACAGAAGAAAUGAGACUGAGUUGGAGAGGGUGGCAGGGGUAGAAGGGGGAGAGGAAGAGGAAGAGGGAGGGGAAGAGGAAGUAGAGGAGUACCUCCCCCAACUACUCUACAACAGACGCCAGCGCCGGCGCCUGCAGCGCCUGAACAGCAGUCGGAGGCGCCUGAAGAGCAGACGGAGGCGCCUGAAGAGCAGACGGAGGCGCCUGAAGAGCAGACGGAGGCGCCUGAAGAGCAGACGGAGGCGCCGCCUCAUACAGAAGAAAUGAGACUGAGUUGGAGAGGGUGGCAGGGGUAGAAGGGGGAGAGGAAGAGGAAGAGGGAGGGGAAGAGGAAGUAGAGGAGUACCUCCCCCAACUACUCUACAACAGACGCCAGCGCCGGCGCCUGCAGCGCCUGAACAGCAGUCGGAGGCGCCUGAAGAGCAGACGGAGGCGCCUGAAGAGCAGACGGAGGCGCCUGAAGAGCAGACGGAGGCGCCUGAAGAGCAGACGGAGGCGCCGCCUCAUACAGAAGAAAUGAGACUGAGUUGGAGAGGGUGGCAGGGGUAGAAGGGGGAGAGGAAGAGGAAGAGGGAGGGGAAGAGGAAGUAGAGGAGUACCUCCCCCAACUACUCUACAACAGACGCCAGCGCCGGCGCCUGCAGCGCCUGAACAGCAGUCGGAGGCGCCUGAAGAGCAGACGGAGGCGCCUGAAGAGCAGACGGAGGCGCCUGAAGAGCAGACGGAGGCGCCUGAAGAGCAGACGGAGGCGCCUGAAGAGCAGACGGAGGCGCCUGAAGAGCAGACAGAGGCGCCUGAAGAGCAGACGGAGGCGCCGCCUCAUACAGAAGAAAUGAGACUGAGUUAGAGAGUUAAGCAAUAAAAGCAAUUAACGAAACCAUGGUCCGAAGGGUAAAAACAAAUCAGCAGCAGUGGUCGGUAUUUCUGGAGCAUAAUCCAGAAAUAUUGACGAAGAAAUUCGACGCUGUAAAUGGUAAAAAAAAUAUGAUGAGUUGUGGAAAGAAGCAACCACCAUUCUAAAUAGUCUGAGCUUCCAGCAAAAACCAAUGAAGAAAUGGCAAAAUGUAUGUAAAUCUUUUUUAAACUAGAUUGGCUUUACUACUUGAGUGGAUUUAUAAUGAAAUAUAUCAACUAUAUUCAUCCUAAUCACUAAAGAUCCAGGUAACGGUACCUACAUAAUGCAUAUCGUACUAUCCGUUAGUUAUUUAUUUGAACCAUAGUAUGUAAAUUACUAUUUGUUAUUGCAAUCCAUGGCAGACUGGAAAUCGAAAUUGAGGGCAAAGGCAGCCGCCAUAAAUAGGAAGCGAUCUCAAACUGGUGGUGGCGGUCCGUCUUUGCCUCCACUUAAUGGAAAUGAAAAGAGGCUUCUCCAGUUAAUUGGAAAUGCAUCUGUGUAUGGACACAGCCAACAGGAACUGGGAGCUGUAAGUAUUUAACAUGUUUGAACCUUUCUUGUUUCUGUUGUAAAAUUGUCCUUCACAAAAGUAUUUAGUAGUACAACCAUUUGAUAUUAUUUUUAGCCCGUUGGAAAUACCAUAACGGAGGACCAUUCCAUACUUCCUCUUGAAGUGACCAUGCCGGAGGAACAACGUCCUACAAAACCCAUGGGGAAUAGUAGGUCAGAGGCAUCUGGAAUUAAAAUUAAAGUAUCUCCAUCUCUACUCCCACCUCCAUUAACCCCACUGAUUGGGGAGACUGAGGUGUCCGAAACCCCCAGGAAAAGGAGUAGAGUGGACAAUUCAGGAAAUGGUGGAAGCAGGAAUUCAACUUGGGAUUCGAUGCAGUUAAUGCACCAAGAAACGCUGGAGGUGUUGAGAUGCAUUUCAGACAACAUAGCUAGGUUGUCAGAAACAACCGGAAGAUUGGCUGAUAGCCAUGAAAAAUUGGUCAAUUUUUUAGAAAAUAAAUUUAAAUAAUGA